UUAAGACUUCAUACACAAUGCAGUCUGUGUUUAGUCGUGGCAUAUUGCGACCGUCUUAUCAUUGAGCAAAAACACUGCAUUUUUAAACAACGUUAUCAAUUUGGAAGCAAUUCAGUUGUUUCUUUGAAUUAACAUGUAAAAGUAGCAAUAUUUUUUUACUGCGUGCAAUUUUUUAAGAUGGCAAGGUUUUUGAAAUCUCUAUUUUCAAACAACGAUAAAAAAAGCGACUUACAUGAUGCGCCUUCAGAGGAUAUACCACCCCAGGACAUGAAGAGGAAAUACUCUAUGUCGAGGUCUGGAAGGUUGAAGCAAUCUAACAAGAAAAGACACUCUUUGUCAUUGGAGCUUUAUGGAGAGAAUUAUCAGCAGGCAGAUAAGCCGAAAUCAAUGGAAUAUCAUGUGAACAACCCACCUAUUUUCGAGGUAAAAACGCAUCAAAGGAAAAAAAGUUCAGAUAGCAAAACUUCACAAGAUUCUAAUAGGUCCUUGAGUGUAAGACAAAGAACUUUGGAACGUGGUAGCGAAGAAAAGAAUCAAAGGACCAGUACGGACAUAUUUCUUCAAGAAAUUGAUAAUGCAUUUGAUGUAAUAGGUAAAUCAUAGCACCGUAUUGUAGCAACAAACUGAUUUAUUGGUGAGUUUCUCAGACAAGUCUCAUUAAUAAGGAUGUAUCUUUUUAAAUCAUAAGUGAUUAUUAUUUAUAUAUUGUAAUUAUGUACUUAUUCAUGAUUAUCUAUUCUUGUAUAAGGUAUGCAAACCCGCGGUAUUUUCUUUCCAGUUGGAAAUUUGCGGUAAAUUCACAAUUACAACAGGAUUCCACUGUAAUUUCUGCACAACAUUUAAACCACACUAAGCGUUCGAUUUUUCGAAUUUCAAACUAAAUUUAUUAAUGUUUUUAGCUGUUAUUCUAUUAAAAGUAAUUUUCAUUAUCUUAUAAUUUAAAAUUUUGACUUCUAGAAACUAUUUUUUAUUAUUGUUUUUGAAUUAAUCUUUAACUAGCUUUUUCAUGAUAUUGUACACGUGAAUUCAGAAGUAGGGAUAACAAUUAAGUAGACCACUUUUAGAUAGCGUACGAGUAUAAAAUAUACGUUAGAUUUUAAGUUAGACCUUCAAGAACAAAACUUUAAAAAUUACAUCUAAUUUGGUAUAGUAGUUUUUACGUCAUGCGCUCACAAACAUCGUCUGGAUAAACAUAAAACUUAUAGAAAAACUAUAUAUGAAUAUAUACCUUUUUUUAUGCGCUAGUACGUAAGGAAUUAAAAUAUAUUUAUAUAUGAUAAUAAAAAUUCUUAUAUUGUAGAAUAUUUAUUAUUUAACUAAAUUAAAUUUUUCUCGGAAUAUCAAAAACAAACAAAU